AUGUUUUUUGAAGGUCUAUUACAAAACUUCCGUUACGUUGUCUUAAGAGGAAAUAAUGUUGCUUUUGAGUUCACAAUAGCAUAUUUUCCGUUAAUUAACUUAAAUGACUUGAUCACGGUCACAAAGAUUUUGAGUAAUGUGGAUGUAUCGAAGAUAACAGAGACCAACAAGGAUAAUUUCAUCAUUGGUUUUACUCAUAUCAAAGUUUUCACAGGCAACUACUAUGAUUACUUGGCAAUCAUUGAUAUUGAGCUUGCAACAACUGUCAAGAAACCUUUGAAAGUCCCUCAAUCUUUGCUAAGAGGAAAGCUUAACAUCAAUGAUUUUGAAGAUUGUAAGAUAAUUCAUCAACCUCUUGGAGUCGUGUUUCGAGGAAAGAAUAGGAAUGGGCGAAUGACUAAGUUUUUAUUUCAAGUGAGUGAUCUUGAGAUGUAUACAAACUCAGAGUAUACAAAUCUCCUUAUUCGGAAUGUACUUCUAUAG